AUGCAGGUAAGAUACGAAGAGCAGCUGGCAAUGGCCGCCCCACCCGUCGUGGUGAUCCAGCCGCAGCACAGCAUGGGCACAUCUGCUGCCUCGAGGGGCACGUGGCAGACGGGGCUGAUGGACUGCUGCACCGACUGCGGCAUCUGCUGCUGCGGGAUGUUCUGCUUCCCCUGCCUCGCCUGCCAAGUGGCUGGGGGCAUGAACGGGUGUGGGACCAGCGUGGCCAUGAGGACCCUCUACCGCACCAGAUACAACAUCCCGGGGUCCAUUUGCUCUGACUUCUGUGUCACCCUGUGGUGCCCCGUGUGCUCCGUUUGCCAAAUUAAGAGAGACAUCAACCGGAGGAGGGAGAUAGGCAUAUUCUGGUAA